GUCGCUCGCACGUCUCUCCUAAACGCUCUCCAGGGUGUUUGCAGAAACAUCUGUUCGUUUCCUGCACAGCAACACGGCUGCAAGAAAUAAACCAUGUCUAUCCUCAAGAUCCAUGCCCGAGAGAUCUUUGACUCCCGCGGGAACCCCACUGUUGAGGUUGACCUCUGCACCUCAAAAGGUCUCUUCCGAGCUGCCGUGCCCAGUGGCUCCACAGGCAUCUAUGAGGCCCUAGAACUCCAUGACAAUGAUAAGACUCGCUACAUGGAGAAGGGUGUCUCAAAGGCUGUUGGGCACAUCAAUAAAACUAUCGCACUUGCUCUGGUUAGCAAGAAACUGAGUGUUGUGGAACAAGAGAAGAUCAACAAACUGAUGAUUGAGAUGGAUGGCACUGAAAAUAAAUCCAGAUUUGGUGCGAACGCCAUCCUGGGAGUGUCCCUGGCUGUCUGCAAAGCAGGUGCCGCAGAAAAGGGAGUACUCCUUUACCGUCACAUCGCCGACUUGGCUGGCAACCCUGAGGUCAUCCUGCGGGUUCCAGCUUUCAUUGUGAUCAACAGCGGUUCCCAUGCUGGCAACAAGCUGGCCAUGCAGGAGUUCAUGAUCCUCCCCGUGGGGGCGUCCAGUUUCCGGGAAGCCAUGCGCACUGAGGCAGAGGUUUAUCACAACCUGAAGAGUGUCAUCAAGGAGAAAUACGGGAAGGAUGCCACCAAUGUGGGUGAUGAGGGCGGGUUCGCACCCAACAUCCUGGAGAACAAAGAAGCCCUGGAGCUGCUGAAGAACGCAAUUGGGAAGGCCGGCUACACAGACCAGGGCGUCAUCGGCAUGGACGUGGUCGCCUCCGAGUUCCUCCGGUCUGGCAAGUACGACCUGGACUUCAAAUCUCCUGAUGAUGCCAGCAGGUACAUCACAUCUGACCAGCUGGCUGACCUGUAUAAGUCCUUCAUCCGGGACUAUCCAGUGGUGUCCAUUGAAGACCCCUUCGACCAGUAUGACUGGGAGGCCUGGAAGAAGUUCACAGCCAGUCAGGCAGGCAUCCAGGUGGUUGGGGAUGAUCUCACAGUAACCAACCCUAAGAGGAUUGCCAAGGCUGUGAGUGAGAAGUCCUGCAACUGCCUCCUGCUCAAAGUGAACCAGAUUGGCUCUGUGACCGAGUCUCUGCAGGCGUGUAAGCUGGCCCAGUCCAAAGGUUGGGGCGUCAUGGUGUCCCAUCGCUCUGGGGAGACUGAGGAUACUUUCAUCGCUGACCUAGUGGUGGGACUCUGCACUGGACAGAUCAAGACUGGUGCCCCAUGCCGAUCUGAGCGCCUGGCCAAGUACAAUCAGAUCCUUAGAAUCGAGGAAGAGCUGGGCUGCAAGGCCAAGUUUGCUUCAGGAACCCCCUGGCCAAGUAAAGUGUGUGUGGAGAUCCCUGGAGCCACCGGCUGCUUCGACCCUGUCCCUGAUGUCAACGAGGCGGCUCAAAGCUGGCCCAGCGCAUGUCCCUGCCAUGGCACUGCUUCCUUAGAUGUCCUUAGACAGUCACACCUGACCACCUUGAGCCUGCUGGAAACCCCAGCCUUGUAAUCAUGUGAUUGGUCUGAAUCAUUGUUUCUGUCACCUCACUUCCAAGCUAAGUGUCUGGAGCCCAGUGUAAUCUUUAGGGUGGCCGCAGGUUAAGAUCCCUGCCCCAGCAGUUCUAUAUGCAAAAUAAAAGCCUCAGUGACCCAUAAAAAAAAA